AUGACCCGUCUUUCUCUUCAUCUUCCUCUCUCUGCUCUUUUACCUCCCAAAGACGAUCCCCAUUCUAUUCCACUCCACCCUCUACCCUCCCCUGCUGUCAUCGUUGGACCUCUUCCUCCAACUUCUCCUCUACAUCUAUCAUUGCAAUAUCUCGCCUUGUCUGACAUACCGGAAUUCCAUCGACCAUCCCGGCACCGAGAGAGGGUUCUGAUAUUGACCGGAUCAAAAGAUAGCUUCCGACAUUCUUUGGAAGAAGAGGAUGAAGAUUGGUUUCGGGACCAUGGGGUGGAUUACGAUGUACUUUAUCGACUUAGAAGAGUUGACAUGAGAUUUUGUCCUUCACCUCAACAUCUAAUGAUGAUGCUUGUGCUUCUAAGUGUCGGAGAAGGUACAGAACCUCAUAAAGUCUCUCAACAACCUGGCAUGAUCAUCUUAUGGGAUAUAGCGGGAAUGUUCAUGGAAGAAGUUGAAGGUGAUGAGAAUGAACCUCAAACUUGUCAUCCGGAACAUGAACAAAGGUUCAGGUCAGAAGCUUGUAUAUCGGAUUAUCUCAGUCUUUUAUCUGCGGCUCGGACUACUAUCUCGCAGAUGCCAUCCCCAGACAUAUCAUCGAUUCGUUUGAUUAUUUUGGAACCUCAUCUUUCAGCCACAAGUGCCAUGCCUAUCUUCCCUGUAAGACCCACAGACGAGAACGAUCCUAUGCCCCGAGCGACGCGCGAAAGAAGGGUGAUGGUGAUGGAAGGUCUCACAAAGUUGUUUGGGAGACAAGCGAUUGGUCAAGUGAACAGUCUAUCUUCCGAGUCAGACUUACGAGAUGGAUCUUCGUAUUCCCUGAAUCUCGACAUGUAUCCGGGGGAGAUAUUUCAAAUGAGACGACGACGAUGUGGGAGAGCCGAAUGGGCAGGAGCGACGGUAGUUGGACCAGAUGAGGGAGUAGAUGGCGAUUUAGGUGGAUGGCGAUGGGGAUUUGUCUAA